UAAAAGCAUGAAUCCAUAUCGCUCACCUCUCUGCAUGUCUCGCCAUGUUCUCGUUUGUUCCUGGAUGUCGAAGGUUUCCAGAAAGAACCGAUACGAGAACAACAGCCGUGGCGGAAUAGAAUGCCGUCUAUCCAUUCAUUCGAGUAUCGGAAUAUCAUAUCUGACAGAUUUGCUUAGGAUUUAAACCCACGGCGCAUGGUCGACACAGAUCUGACCAUCGUCCUUUUGUCCACUUCAAUCCAUGCAAAUGUCUGCAUACGCUGCAGUGCUUCUUGUUCUUGUCUCUACCAUUGGGGUUGCCGUUUACCGGCGGAUGAAUCGACAUUCGCUGAGUCGCAUCAGAGGGCCGCCUUCCCCAAGUUUACUGCUUGGCCACAAUCUCCUGCUGUCUCAUGAAGACGACGUGGGCGAUUUGGAGUCCGAGUGGAUUCGUCAAUAUGGUUCCGCAUGGCGUCUCAAGGACUGCGUCGGAGAAGAUAAUCUGUGGCUCGUGGAUCCCAAGGCCUUGCACCAUAUCUUUCACAAAGCGGGUCAUAAGUAUUCAAGGAGGAUUGAUGCCAGACAAAUUUCAAGACAACUUACAGGCGAUGGCAUACUGUUUGCAAAUGAUCACGAACAUGCACGGAUCAGGAAAAUCAUGGACCCAGCAUUCAGUACAGCGCAGAUUCGGUCCUUCCUGCCAUUGUUUCGUCGCUCUGCUCAGAA